CGGAGAAAGUAGUGUGUUGGCGGCGCCCCGGCUGUACCUCAGUAGCAGCGCGCUCAGCGGCUUUUGCGAGCUGGGGGAGGGGAGCAGCGGCGGCGAGGGCUGCGGAGCCUCGCGCGGGCGGCUAGGGGCCUCUGAGCGCGGCGGUUGGCGACGCCACGAGCGGGCAGCCACUGAAGUUCUGGCAGCAUUGCUGACAUCCAGGGCCUGGGAGGGAGCAGAGAAGACGGAGGAGGGCGACGGAAGGCGACUGGCCAGAGGGACGGUGCCAGGUUCCAUUUGGCUGAAAGCCACGCCCCUCAAGCACCUCAGCUCUUCCGUGGACUUCAUCUCCUUCAGCCUUUCGGAAACCCUCCUCAAGAAGCUGGUUCUCCUGGUAACCGUUAAAGAGUCUAACAGCCGCAGGGCAGUGAACAGAGGCUAUGUCACCAUCUUGUUCAGGCUGCAUCAGGACUGGCACAGCCAUGACACGACCAAUUCCUACGUGCUGAUCCGCAGGGCGCUUCUGCUUUGCCUCGGGCAUAUUGCCAACCUCCGGUCUGGCAGGGAGGCCUUCCUGGCAGCUCAGGGCAUGGAGAUCCUUUUCAGCACCACACAGAACUGCCUGGAUGACAAAAGUCUGGAGGCUCUCAUCUCCCUUGUGCUUCAGAUCCUGAGGCAAUGCUACCCUAAGAGUCCACUUCCCUUGGUCACAGCCAGCAGUGCUUAUUCUUUCCCAGUCCCUGGGAGCACCACCUCUGAACCUCCACGUGUUCUAACUGAAGAAGAUUUUGAAGAUGAUGGAGACAAAGAAGAGGACAAAGACUCAGAUUCUGAAGAUGUGAAAGAGGAAGAUGAUGCCUUGGAAACAGAUGUGAACAAACUGAGCUCCAAACCUGGUCUUGAUCGACCUGAAGAGGAACUGAUGCAAUAUGAGGCGAUGUGUCUUGAGCUCUCCUGCAGUUUUGAGGCACUGGAGUCCAAACCUGGAGGUGGUUUGAACUUGGACGAGACUCGGUGUGCCAGUCACCACCACAUUCUGACUGCUGCCUCCCCAAAAGGGCUUUGCUUGAAUAAGGACCAAAUCUCCUGGGGACAAGAAAGAGAAGUCCCUGUCCAGACCUCCCUUCUGAGCAGAGUGAAGAUGGGGAGGUCCAACAUACAUCUAACCUCCAAAAAAGGACCUGGAAUGAACCCAUACCGAAAUGCACAAUCCAAUGGUCUUGGGAUAGGUUCUUCCGGAAGUGAAAUCUCAGACGUUCAGGCGUCCUUCAAAGAGGAUGCUUGGGACAUAGAUGCGAUUUCCUGCCCAAGGAUAAGUGCCUCCUUUUCCAAUUCCACUAGACCUAGAGAAGCUACUGAAUUAAUAGAUAAGCUCCUGCAGACACAUCGGACGCAUAUCGCCUUCCAUGACCCCUAUCUUUGUAUGGCCAAAGCUAGAAGAAGCAGAUCUGUGUCUGACUUCACAAUGAUGGCAUUUCCUAAUUUCUGGGGGCAUUGUCCACCUCUCUCUGCCCAGUCCGUGUUGGAACGUAAAUGUGGAGUCCAAAGGAUCAAAAUAUUUGAGGAUGUCCGGAGGCUCAUCCAGCCAAGCGAUAUUAUAAAUAAAGUUGUCUUUAGUCUAGAUGAGCCUUGGCCUUUGCAAGACACCACUUCUGACUGCUUACGGUUCUUCUCCAAGUUUGAGUCUGGAAAUCUUCGCAAAGCCAUCCAAGUGCGUGAGUUGGAGUACGACUUACUGAUCAAUGCUGAUGUGAAUAGCACGCAGCACCAGCAGUGGUUCUACUUCAAGGUGAGCGGUAUGAGGGAUGCGGUCCCUUAUCGCGUCAACAUUAUCAACUGUGAGAAGGCCAACAGCCAGUUCAAUUAUGGGAUGCAGCCAACUCUGUAUUCUGUGAAGGAGGCUCUUCUUGGUAGGCCUGCCUGGGUACGGACAGGCUAUGAAAUCUGUUAUUACAAAAAUCAUUAUCGCCAGAACGCAGCCAUCACAGGGGCAGAGUCUGGGAAGUGCUAUUACACCCUCACCUUUGCCGUCACCUUCCCGCAUGCCGAGGAUGUCUGCUACCUGGCCUACCACUAUCCCUACACCUACACCGCCCUCAUGACUCACCUUGACGUUCUGGAAAAAAGCGUGAACCCCAAGCAGGUCUACUUCCGUCAGGAGGUUCUCUGCCAGACACUAGGAGGGAAUUCAUGCCUAUUGGUGACCGUCACUGCCAUGCCCGAAUCUAACAGCACUGACCACCUGGAGCAGCUCCGUUGCAGUGCUUUUGUCCACAAAGGCUGUAGAGAACGUCUGGCCUCCUGUGCAAAGGUCAAAAUGAAGCAGCCCAAAGGGAGCCUUCAAGCACAUGACACAUCUUCGCUGCCCACGGUCAUUAUGAGAAACAAGUCCUCCCAGCCCAAGGAGCGCCCUCAGUCCGCAGUCCUCCUGGCCCACGAAACCACUGCCGCCCCCAUGUUUGCUAACAGACGGUCCCAGCAGAGUGUGUCGCUCUCCAAAAGUGUCUCCAUUCAGAACAUUGCUGGAGUUGGCAAUGCUGAGAACAUAUCAAACACCUGGAAAUUCCUGUCUCAUUCAACAGACUCACGAAAUAAAAUCAGCAAGGUCAAUGAGUCAACAGAGUCCCUUACUGAUGAGGAGCUGAUGCAGACGGAGUUCCAUCACCUCCGCACACUCAAGAUCAUGAGCGACGUGUACAGCCGUGGCAUGACAGCCGACCUGCUCUUCAAGCAGCAGAUGGUGGAGAAGCUCUUCCCCUGUUUGGAUGAGCUGAUCAGUAUCCACAGCCAGUUCUUUCAGAGGAUCCUGGAGCGGAAGAAGGACUCUCUGGUGGAUAAAAGUGAAAAGAACUUUCUCAUCAAGAGGAUUGGGGAUGUGCUUGUGCACCAGUUUUCAGGAGAGAACGCAGAACGCUUAAAGAAGACAUACGGCAAGUUUUGUGGGCAGCACAACCAGUCUGUAAACUACUUCAAAGACCUCUAUGCCAAGGAUAAGCGUUUUCAGGCCUUUGUGAAGAAGAAGAUGAGCAGUUCAGUCGUACGGAGGCUUGGAAUCCCAGAGUGUAUAUUGCUUGUAACCCAACAGAUCACCAAAUACCCGGUUUUGUUCCAAAGAAUAUUGCAGUGUACCAAAGACAGUGAAGUGGAACAGGAAAAUCUAGCUCAGUCCCUGGGCCUGGUGAAGGAUGUGAUUGGAGCUGUGGACAGCAAAGUGGCGAGUUAUGAAAAGAAGGUCCGUCUCAAUGAAAUUUAUACAAAGACAGAUAGCAAGUCGAUCAUGAGAAUGAAGAGUGGUCAGAUGUUUGCCAAGGAGGAUCUGAAGCAGAAGAAGCUCGUGCGGGAUGGGAGCGUGUUUCUGAAGAGCACAACAGGGAGGCGGAAAGAGGUUCAAGCGGUCCUGCUUACUGACGUUUUAGUUUUCCUUCAAGAAAAAUACCAGAAAUACGUCUUUGCGUCAUUGGACCAGAAGUCAACGGUGAUCUCCCUAAAGAAGCUGAUUGUAAGAGAGGUAGCACAGGAGGAGAAAGGUUUGUUCCUAAUCAGUAUGGGGAUGAAAGAUCCAGAGAUGGUGGAAGUCCACGCCAGCUCCAAAGAGGAGCGGAACAGCUGGAUUCAGAUCAUCCAGGACACGAUCAGCACCCUAGAUGAAGAUGAAGGAAUUCCUAGUGAAACUGAGGAAGAAAAGAAGAUGUUGGACACCAAAGCUCGGGAGUUAAAAGAGCAACUUCAGCAAAAGGACCAGCAGAUCCUACUCUUACUGGAAGAGAAGGAGAUGAUUUUCCGGGACACGACUGAGUGCAGCACUCCCUUGCCAGAGGAUUGCUCCCCAACUCAAAGCUCUAGGAUCCUCUUCCGAUCCAACACAGAAGAGGCUCUCAAAGCAGGGCCUUUAAUGAAAAGUGCCAUAAAUGAGGUGAAGAUCCUUCAGGGUUUGGUGAGUGGAAGCCUGGGAGGCACACUUGGGCAGGCUGUCAGCAGCCCUGUUGAACAAGAAGGCAUGGUAGGCCCCGUUUCCUUGCCCCGGAGAGCAGAGACCUUUAGAGGAUUUGACAGCCAUCAGAUGAAUGCUUCAAAAGGAGGUGAGAAGGAAGAGGGAGAUGAUGGCCAAGAUCUUAGGAGAACAGAAUCGGAUAGUGGUCUGAAAAAGGGUGGAAAUGCUAACCUGGUAUUUAUGCUUAAAAGAAACAGUGAGGACUUGAAAAAGAAACUGCCAUGGGAAGUGAAGGGCAGUGAGAGUGGAAUCACCUGCCUGGAAGGUCUCGGCCCCUCCCCAGCUUGCAUGGACGUGUGGGCACAGGAGCUGGCGCCCUCUGAUGCCCGCUGGCCGGCCUCCCCUCGAAGAACCCAGCCUGCUCUGCGCCUCCCUCCAUCACCGGAUGCUUUCUUCUCGCCACAGGACCCCUCAUUUUCCCCCAAAUAACAGACCUCAGUGGUCUGCAGAGGGCAGCGCCUGAGACGGCAAACUACAGGGGCCAC